AUGGGAUGGAUAGAGCCACUGAAAGAACCCUUUAGGGCAUAUGGUCGCAUGCAAGAUCGUUCGCCGUACAUGACACAGUUAUCGACGACGCUGGUCAUUUACUUCCUGGGUGAUCUGUCAGCCCAGAAAGUUGCCAGCGAUGAACCCUAUGACCCGUCCCGAGGUCUACGAGCGCUGAUAAUCGGCGGUAUAUCAUCCAUACCAAACUACAAGUGGUUCAUGUUCCUGGGCAACCACUUCAACUACAAGUCGCAUGUGAGAUCUAUUGCGACCAAGAUUGUCAUCAACCAGACCUUCUUCACACCAUGCUUCAAUACAUACUUUUUUGGCAUGCAGAGUUUGCUCUCUGGACAGACACUCGAGCAGACGAAGCAAAGAGUCAUCGAUACAGUGCCCGUCAGCUGGAAGAACAGUUGGAAGUUGUGGCCGGCAGUCACAGCAUUCAGCUUUACUUUUGUGCCACCACAGAACAGAAGUGUGUUUGCAGGAGUGAUUGCUAUUGGAUGGCAGACUUAUCUGAGUUGGCUGAACAUGAAGGCGCAGGAAGAGGAGGAUGCAAAGGCCACGGUUUCUGCUGCAAAGGCACCUGUGACUGCCCCAUCAACAGCGCUUCCUGCUGCAUGA